AUGGGAUCUGUCACUCCCCAACGUUCUCCUUUGCAGAUCUUUGAUACCACGGCCCAGAAGAAACCCGACCAGCUCUAUUGUGUUCACCCUGUCUCCUCGGAUAUUUUUCAAGGAUGGAGAACUAUUACCUUUGCAGACCUGGGGAGUGCCAUUAAUCGGAUGGCUCUUUGGAUCCAGGAAAAUGUCGCAUCUUCCGAUGCACCGCAAACUCUGGCAUAUAUGGGAGCCAACGAUGUUCGAUAUUGCGCAUUCAUGUUUGCAUGCAUGAGACUCAGACACACAGCGCUGCUUCUCUCCCCUCGAAACUCGGAAUCGGCCUCAAGCCAUCUCCUCGGUACUACUGGGUGUUCCAAGUCUGUGUAUAGUCCCGAGCGAAGUAAACAGAUUGAAGAGUUGAAAGGGGCGAACCCGUCAUUGAAAGCAUGGGUGGCACCAGGUUUGUGGGAGCUGUUCGAUAGUAGCUCAGCCCCUGCGCCCGUGGUAAAGGAGCCUGCAGAGGAUUCAGAAGAUCGCAUCGCAGUUUACAUCCACAGCUCUGGUACAACCGGCCUCCCAAAGCCAAUUCCAAUGACCAACGGGUAUUUCCUCGCACUUGAGCAAACCGGUCUUCUGCCCCUUCCCGAGAACCGAGAAAGCAGCCUGGUGGCCAUAGCAGAAAGAGGUAAACUGAUGUUUGUGAUGAGCCCUUUCUUUCACUUCAUGGGUAUUCUAAGUAUUAUGCAACCUAUCCUCUUUGCGACACCAUUUGUGCUGAGCCCCGAGAAGCCCCUGACGGCAGAGCUUCUGGCUCAGAUUGUUACGGACACCCAUCCUGAGACAUCUAUCAUUGCACCUUCUGUAUUGGAGGAGCUCAGUCAAUCUGAGCUCGGUAUGCAGUCUUUGUCCUGGUUCACCUUUGUUGCAUUUGGAGGAGCACCCUUGGCACAGGAAAUCGGCGAUCGCAUUUCCGAGAUAACCCACCUCCAGUCGGUCCUAGGGUCAAGUGAAAAUGCGGUAUUUGGAGCGAUGAAGCACCAAGACAAAAGUGACUGGCAGUAUCUCGAAUGGAAUCCCAAUGCUGGAUUUGACAUGCGUGACGCCGGCGACGGCUUCUUCGAGCUCGUCGUCCCCCGUGGGGAGGGCCGAGUGGCUCACGCUGUCUUCCACACAUACCCCGAUAAGGAUGAAUACAAAACCGGUGAUCUAUUUGUUCCUCAUCCAGAAAAGCAAGGGCUAUGGCUGUAUUCUGGACGCCACGAUGAUGUAAUUGUUUUGAGCAACGGAGAGAAGUUCAAUCCUACUACGAUGGAGGAGAUCAUCUCCACCCACCCACUUGUUGCUCGAACACUCGUUGUUGGCCAAGGCCGCUUUCAGUCCGGUGCCAUUAUUGAGCCCAAUUGGUCUUCAUGGAGUGGUGAGCCUAACGCAUUGAUCGAUGAGAUCUGGGUGAAUAUCAAGAAGGCCAACGAGUCCGCCCCGGGGCAUGCCCAACUUAUGAAAAAUCGUGUCGGAGUGUCAUCUCAGGAAAAGCCAUUUCAACUUACACCAAAGGGAACUGUUAAGCGACGUGUCGUGGUUAGUGACUAUGCAGAGGAGAUCGAUGCGCUCUACGCUGGCGGCGAUCAGGUCGAUGUUGCCCAGAUAUCCAAAGAUGCGACGCAUCAAGAUAUUACUGUCUAUGUAACUGCAGCCGUGUCGGAGAUCUUGGAUGUUCCUUCUUUUGAUGAAAAUGCCGACAUUUUCUCAUCGGGCCUCGAUUCCCUACAAACUCUCCAUUUGGGCCAAGUUCUUCAGGGCUCCCUAAAGUCAGCUAGACCUGGUUUGGGCCCGGUGUUUGGUAGCCCACAACUUUACUCUCGUCCUACCAUCGCACAACUGUCUCGAUACAUUCUCGAUAUUCUCCGAGGGAACGAAGCGGUUCCUGAUGCAGCCAAUAUUGAGAGUGAUAGCGACCGGAAAACGAGAAUCGCUGAGCUGAUUGGAAAAUACACCGAGGAUUUUGGCAAAGGCCAUGCAGUAAUUCUCACUGGAUCCACUGGCUCACUUGGAGCCUACCUGCUUCACGAGCUUCUGAGUGAUCUCAGCGUUACCAAGAUCUACUGUCUCAACCGAUCAGAUGAUGCAGCAACUAGGCAAUUGCAAAGUCUGCGCGAGAAGGGAUUGCGCACCUUUAACAAAUUCCCGCGUCGAGUGGAAUUCCUCCAGGCUCAGUUUGGUGCCGAGAAAUUUGGAUUGGACGACGCAAAAUAUGACCAUAUGCUGCAAGAGGUGGACACUAUUAUUCACAAUGCCUGGAAGGUGAACUUUAACCACAGAGUCGAGGCUUUUGAAAAUCCCCACAUCGCAGGUGUGCGUCGGCUUGUAGAGUUCAGCGUCGCCAGCGACAAGUCAGCUCACAUUCAUUUCAUUUCGUCUAUCUCUACCAUUGAAGGUUACAGCUUGGAGAGAGGUCCUUCAAUACCUGAGGUGAUCUUUAAUGAUCCCAGCUCAGCACUCCGACAGGGAUACGGAGAGUCAAAGCAUGUCUCCGAGAGGAUCUGUGCUGCCGCCUCGGCCAGAUGUGGUGUGCCGACCAGCAUCCAUCGUGUUGGCCAGAUUGGAGGCCCCACGACGGAGAAGGGCAUAUGGAAUAAGCAGGAGUGGGUGCCAUCUUUGAUUGCGACAUCCAAGACUAUCGGACAGAUUCCAAAUGGAUUGGGAUCAGUUUCUGUGCAGUGGGUUCCAGUGGACGUAACCGCGAAAGUAAUCAUCGACAUCGUCAGAACUCGACAUGAAACGGAGGAUAAUGAGCCAUGUGCAGCCUUCCAUAUCGUAAACCCUCGGGCCGCAGAAUGGCCGUCACUUAUCCCGGCUGUGACCAAGUACUUCGACAUGGAACAGGUUGAUAUCAAGACAUGGAUCGAGACUCUUGAGGGUUUCACAAAUCCCACGGAAAGCGAUCUCCAGGAUAAGCCCGCCCUCAAAAUUCUCGACUUUUUUAAAGCCAUCUCAUUUUCCGAUGAGGCUGGUCCAUGGACUGAGACUACUAAGACUCAAGCUGCCAGUAAGACGCUGCAACGAUUGGGGGCAAUUGAUGCUCCCCUUAUGGAGAACUGGAUAAAACAGUGGAAGUUUUGA